CCGAUCUUGAACAUGAUUGGCUGCUUCGAUGGGAGAUAGCAAGGGAUAAAAAAUUAACGUCGAUCAACGAAUCUCACAGCGCAGGUAUGCACGGGGAAGGGUCGGAUGAGGGAGGCUAGGAGUGCGACGCAGAGAUAGGUGUGAUGGGCUAUUCAUAUAAGACUGUCGGUCCAAAUUUAUGACCCCACCCUUUCCACAACGUUGUGUGCCCUAGCAGAGUAGCUCAAAAACGGUCUGAUAGCGCACCGCAUACGAUACAGACUCCUCCUCCAGAAGAUCCUUCAACAAUCCAACACAUCGACCACCAUGCCGCUGCGCGCCGGAACACUGCUCAAAAAACUCGAAAGCAACCAUGCGGAAGGCCUUUCUAGAAAAGAAAUGUUCCUCGCUACGGAGGAUCUGUUACCGGUCACCGAAGACAAGAAGACAUGGGAUUCAUGGAACUUUGCGAUGUUCUGGGUAGCAGACAGUUUCAACUUGAAUACUUUUACGAUUGCGAGUUCGAUGAUGAGUUCCGGAUUGAAUUGGUGGCAGUCUUUGGUAUGUGUCAUUGUGGGAUAUAGUCUGGUCGGCCCUCUUCUCGUUCUGAACGCUCGUCCAGGAGCAAUGCACGGUAUCGUCUUCCCCGCUGCUUGUCGUACAACCUUUGGAGUAUUUGGUUCGCUCUGGCCCGUUUUCAACCGAGCGGCGAUGGCUUGUAUCUGGUGGGGUGUUCAAUCAUGGCUCGGUGGAGAGUGCAUGUACGUCCUAGUGCGCGCCAUAUGGCCGUCCUUUGCGAGAAUCCACAACUCCAUGCCCGAGUCUACCGAAACCACCACCGCCUACAUCGUAGCCUUCAUCCUCUACUGGAUACUCUCCUUGCCGACUAUCUGGGUGCCAAUCCACAAGCUGCGGUGGCUCUUCCUUGGCAAAGCUAUCGUCGGUCCCAUUGUUGGCUUCACCUUGUUUGGCUGGUCCAUUACUCGAGCAGGCGGCAUCGGUCCCGUCUUCUCGCAGAAAGCGACACUUUCUGGUAGUGCGCUCGGCUGGCAGAUGAUCAUUUCCAUCUCGUCGUGCUUCAACAACAUGUUCACUCUCGUCACCAACUCUUGCGACUUUGCCAGUCGCGCGAAAAAGCCAAGUGCAGCUGUCUGGCCUCAGAUCAUUGCGAUGCCUAUUGGGUUCUCGAUUACGAGCUUCUUGGGUAUUGUGAUUGCUUCUGCCAGUGCGCCUCAGUUUGGUGAGCAGAUCUGGGACGUGGUCAAGAUCAUGGAUGCCAUGCUCGACGACGGCUCCUCCGCCACCCGCGCCGGUCUCGUAUUCAUCGCCGCCGGCUUCGUCUACGUCCAACUCCUCCUCAACGUCGCCGCCAACUCCAUCUCUGCAGGAUGUGACCUCACCGCCCUCUUCCCGCGCUACCUCUCCAUCCGUCGGGGCGGGUAUGUCGCAGCGAUUGUGGGGAUCUGUAUGAAUCCUUGGUUGUUGUACAAGUCUUCUGCGACUUUCAGCAACUAUUUGGGAGCGUAUGGGGUGUUGUUGUCAUGUAUUGCGGGACCUAUGGUGACGGACUACUGGCUCGUGAGGAGGGGACAUAUCAGGGUGAACGACCUGUAUAGUGGAGAGGAGGAUGGGUGGUAUUGGUACAGUAUGGGAGUCAACUGGCGAGGAUACUUGGCGUACUUUGUCGGCUUCGCCUUUAACGCUCCAGGAUUCAUCAAUGCCCUCCGACCCGAUAUUAUCGUCCCUGUUGGCGUUAGUCCUCUUCCUGUACUCCACCAUCUACCCUACUGACUGCCUGCCGAACAGUUCCAACGCGUCUACUACCUCUCCUGGCUUACCGGUACCGGUAUCUCCGGCGCCGUCUACUUCCUCGCCUGCUACUUUUUCCCUCCUCCUGGUAUGAACAUGCACUUUGAGGAGGUUGAUGAGAGUGCGGGUGAAUUGAGGGUGGACCAGAAGCUUGAAGGGAAGAUGCGCGGGGAAGGGGAAUGGGAGGAAGGAGGUGUGGAGAGGUUUGAGGGGGCGGAAAAGAAGAAGAGCCAGGAUGGGAACGUUACUGUUCUGGAGGCUUAAAUGGUCGGUAGUGGAUUUUGUAUUUCGCUAUUCAAAAAGUAUAGCCACUUUAUUAUUUUGCCCCCGUUGUCUGUAGUACUUUGUAGCGGAAAUGCGCAUACAAUGCCCCCCUUCAAUACCAGGACGUGUGCUUCUGAUCUAUAGAAGCAAACGGCUGCCAUGAGGCGCG